CCGCCCGCAGCGGCCGCUCGGGGUCGGGGCUGGGGGGGACCGAGACCCCCCCGGGACGGGCAGGAGACCCUCGGGACCGGCCCCCCGGGCUGUGAUGGCGGCCGUGGGGGAGGGGUCUCCCCCCCAGAGCCCCCCGAAGCCCCCCCAGAUCGGGGAGGGUCAGGACGUGCUGGCGCGCUGGACGGACGGGCUGCUCUACCUGGGCGUCGUCAAGAAGGUGGACGCUCCCCGCCGGGGCUGCCUGAUCCAGUUCGAGGACAAUUCCCAAUUCUUCGUUCUGUGGAAGGACAUCAGCCCGGCGGCCGCCCCCGGGGACGAGCUGCAGUGCUGUGUCUGUGCCGGGGAUUCCCGGAACGAGGAAAAUUCGCUCGUGAGAUGCGGGAAAUGCGGCCACGCGUACCACCAGCGCUGCCACGUGCCCCCCGCGCCCGCCGGCGCCGCGCCCUGGAGCUGCCGCCGCUGCGUCUUCGCCGUGGCCACCAAGAAGGGUGGAGCUCUCCGUCGCGGCCCCCACGCCCGCGCCAUGCUCCGGAUGAAAUCCGUGCUCCCGUACGCGCUGGGGGCUCUGGAUUGGGACCCCGCUCACCUGCACAACCUGCAGAGCUGCUACUGCUACUGUGGGGGGCCUGGACAGUGGGAGGUGAAGAUGCUGCAGUGUUGGCAGUGCUGGCAGUGGUUCCACGAGGCGUGCACUCAGUGUUUGCCGCAGCCGCUGCUCUACGGGGACAGGUUUUACAUCUUCGAGUGCAGCGUGUGCCGGGGCGGCGCCGAGAGCGUCCGGAGGCUCCCCCUGCGCUGGGUGGACGUGGCUCACCUCCUGCUCUACCACCUGAGCGUUUGCUGCAAGAAGAAAUAUUUCGACCUGGAGCGGGAAAUUCUCCCGUUCGCCAACAGCAACUGGGAGGCGCUGGGGCUGGGCAGGCUCGCGGCCACGCCCAAGCCCGAGCGGCACCGGCGGCUCCUGGGGGCGCUCAGCUCGCACAAGGACAGGUUCGUUUCCGGCCGGGAGAUGAAGAAGCGCCGGGGUCUGUUCGGGCUGCAGAGCCGCGCCCCUCCCCCCCUGCCCCCCAACGUGCUGCGGGGCCGCCCCUCCCCCACCCCGGCCAGCGCCAGCCUCUCCCCAGGGCGGGGCAAGGCCGGGGGACGGCGGCGCCUCCCCCCACGGAGCUGCCAGGGCUCCCCAAGCGGACCCUACAACUUCCGGCGCACCGAGGGGCGCGAGCAGAACAGCCCCCCCAUCCGGAUGUUCGCCUCCUUCCACCCCUCGGCCAACACCGAGCCCAGCUCUCCCACGCCGGACCCGGACCCCGCCCCUCCCCCUCCCCCAUCUGGCCCCGCUCCCUCCUCGCUGACCCCGCCCCCUCCGGCUCCGCCCCCCGCGCUGGCCCCGCCCCCCUCGGUGGCCCCGCCCCCCCGCGUGCUCGCCCGCCGGGUGACGCUGGACGGGACUGUGCAGUACCUGCUGGAGUGGGGGGGCGGGGCCAUGCUCUGACCCCUCCCCCGCACCCCAAAAUAAUUUUGGGGGAUCCCCCCAGCACGCCCCGCCAAAAAUUUGGGGGUUCCAGCCCCAAAAACCCCAAAAUUUUGGGAUAAAAAUUGUUGUUUUGGCACUUUAGAAGGGAUUUCAUGGAGGAAAGAGGAGGGGCGUGGCCUAUAGUGGGUGUGGCCUCCUAUGACCACGCCCCCAAAAUUUAGGGGCCCUCCCAUAAAA